AACAAGACAUUUGACAAAGAUGUAUUUUGUAUUUCAAAAAUUUUCUGGCUAGUCUCUGAAUUAAACAGUUUUGUUGUUAACUGGAAGUGAUUUGAAGUGAUUACUUAUGCAUUACGCCUAUCACCUUUAGUCCACGCUUGGCUGCACAAACCCGUAGGCACUAUAGAGCAGGGGCACAGCAAGGGAAUUUUGGACCCUUUGCAAGAAUAUGUUUCUGGGUCCCAUUUAUCUGAUUCAUGCAUCCUGCUUGAAUUCCUUUGGCCCCUGUUCAUUAGAACUGUGGAAAAGAAUCAUCCAUCAUAGAAUCAUCACCUUCUAUCACUGCCCUCUAUCCAUGGCAAAGCUCCCAGCCAUCAUGUUUGGAGUUGGAGUAUCUGUUGAUAGAAGUCCCACAUAUCACGGAUAUAAAACCAUUUCAUAUAUGUUUCAGUCCCUAGCUGUUUCGUCACUUGGAAUUAUUGAUUCAAGGCCUUUCACUGACUACUUUCAGCACGUAUCAUCCACCUGGAGGAUUUGGCUCUCUCUUGGGACGUGAGAGGUCAUUGAAUCCUGCCAUCAGCCAUCACUGCCAACAGAGCGGAUGUUUGCCCAAGUGCCUUUCCUCUUGAAGUCACAUGAGGUGAAGGUUUCCAGACAACAGACAAUACGGGCUCAUGGAAAAGGAAUAUGGCUGAGAGCCACAUUUUACAGCUUACUUCGCUAUUAAAUCUCAUUCACAUCCCAGGGAUCUUCAGAUUACUCUACAGUUGUCUAAUUGUUACGCAACAUCUUUCUCUCAGGAGGUGGUGAAACAAGAAUACGUCUAAGCACAUUAUGGAAAACAAGUGUUUGCUUUCAAAUUUGAGUUUAAUAUAACAUAGAGUACUAUAUAGGAUGCUUCACUUUAUAAAAAUACUAUAUGGUUUUAUUUUUUCCCCUUAAUUGCUAAAUGAUAUACUAUUGUCUCCUGCUCUCUAUUUGUUUCUCAGCCUAUAUAAAAGCAUUUGUUGUCCCACUGGAUCAACACAGAGGUAACAACACACUUGGCAGUCUGUCAAGUCCUAAUCUAAGCCAAUGCCAAUAAUCUUUCAGUUGUAGGUGUGACACGAUACUACAAACCUGAGCACACCAUUUUGAUAGGCUGAGCUGACGAGGGGAGUGCCUAAUUAUCUUUGGGCGGAGUCAAAGGUGGAGGUGCUGGAUUAGAAAGACAGAAACACGGUUCCAUUCCAGUCCUCCUUAGACUGUCACCUCCUUCUAAAGCACCUGUUGAAGAAGCGUGAUGGCAGGACCCAGGCCAGUAGUUCUGAGUGGCCCCUCUGGAGCAGGGAAGAGCACUCUGCUGAAGAGGCUUAUGAAGGAUUAUGAAGGAGUCUUUGGCUUCAGCGUGUCCCAUACCACAAGGAAUCCCCGUCCUGGUGAAGAAAAUGGCAAAGGCCUGAAUAGCCUCCCAAUGCUACUGGGGGCUACCUUACUGCCUGUGGCAGACGUCCUAUCCUCUGAAUCUUCUGAAGAUUACCACUUUACCACCAGGGAGAAGAUGCAGGAGGGCAUCGAUAAUGGAGACUUCAUUGAGAAUGCUGAAUUCUCAGGGAACAUGUACGGAACAAGUAAGUCUGCUAUUGAGGAUGUCCAGGCGCAGAACCUCAUCUGCAUUCUCGAUGUUGACAUCCAAGGAGUGAAAAACAUCAAGGAGACUGACCUCAACCCCAUCUACAUCUCUAUCCAGCCCCCCUCAAUGGAGAUCCUGGAAAAGCGUCUGAGAGACAGACAGACUGAGACAGAUGACAGUUUAGAGAAGCGUUUGGACGCUGCAAGGACAGACAUGGAGCUCAGUAAGGAACCUGGAUUGUUUGACCUGGUCAUCGUUAAUGAUGACUUAGAGGAAGCAUAUGAAAAGCUGAAAAGUGUUCUUAUGGAGGAGAUACAGAAGGUACAGGAUUCCAAGGAGGAUUCCAAGGACGUGAUGGCAGGACCCAGGCCAGUAGUUCUGAGUGGCCCCUCUGGAGCAGGGAAGAGCACUCUGCUGAAGAGGCUUAUGAAGAAUUAUGAAGGAGUCUUUGGCUUCAGCGUGUCCCAUACCACAAGGAAUCCCCGUCCUGGUGAAGAAGAUGGCAAAGAUUACCACUUUACCAGCAGGGAGAAGAUGCAGGAGGGCAUCGAUAAUGGAGACUUCAUUGAGAAUGCUGAAUUCUCAGGGAACAUGUACGGAACAAGUAAGUCUGCUAUUGAGGACGUCCAGGCGCAGAACCUCAUCUGCAUUCUCGAUGUUGACAUCCAAGGAGUGAAAAACAUCAAGGAGACUGACCUCAACCCCAUCUACAUCUCUAUCCAGCCCCCCUCAAUGGAGAUCCUGGAAAAGCGUCUGAGAGACAGACAGACUGAGACAGAUGACAGUUUAGAGAAGCGUUUGGACGCUGCAAGGACAGACAUGGAGCUCAGUAAGGAACCUGGAUUGUUUGACCUGGUCAUCAUCAAUGAUGACUUAGAGGAAGCAUAUAAAAAGCUGAAAAGUGCUCUUAUUGAGGAGAUACAGAAGGUACAGGAUUCCAAAAAGGAUUCCAAGGAGGAUUCCAAGGAAGAUUCCAACGUGAUGGCAGGACCCAGGCCAGUAGUUCUGAGUGGCCCGUCUGGAGCAGGGAAGAGCACUCUGCUGAAGAGGCUUAUGAAGGAUUAUGAAGGAGUAUUUGGCUUCAGCGUGUCCCAUACCACAAGGAAUCCCCGUCCUGGUGAAGAAGAUGGCAAAGAUUACCACUUUACCAGCAGGGAGAAGAUGCAGGAGGGCAUCGAUAAUGGAGACUUCAUUGAGAAUGCUGAAUUCUCAGGGAACAUGUACGGAACAAGUAAGUCUGCUAUUGAGGACGUCCAGGCGCAGAACCUCAUCUGCAUUCUCGAUGUUGACAUCCAAGGAGUGAAAAACAUCAAGGAGACUGACCUCAACCCCAUCUACAUCUCUAUCCAGCCCCCCUCAAUGGAGAUCCUGGAAAAGCGUCUGAGAGACAGACAGACUGAGACAGAUGACAGUUUAGAGAAGCGUUUGGACGCUGCAAGGACAGACAUGGAGCUCAGUAAGGAACCUGGAUUGUUUGACCUAGUCAUCAUCAAUGAUGACUUAGAGGAAGCAUAUGAAAAGCUGAAGAGUGCUCUUAUUGAGGAGAUACAGAAGGUACAGGAUUCCAAAAAGGAUUCCAAGGAGGAUUCCAAGGAAGAUUCCAACGUGAUGGCAGGACCCAGGCCAGUAGUUCUGAGUGGCCCGUCUGGAGCAGGGAAGAGCACUCUGCUGAAGAGGCUUAUGAAGGAUUAUGAAGGAGUAUUUGGCUUCAGCGUGUCCCAUACCACAAGGAAUCCCCGUCCUGGUGAAGAAGAUGGCAAAGAUUACCACUUUACCACCAGGGAGAAGAUGCAGGAGGGCAUCGAUAAUGGAGACUUCAUUGAGAAUGCUGAAUUCUCAGGGAACAUGUACGGAACAAGUAAGUCUGCUAUUGAGGACGUCCAGGCGCAGAACUUCAUCUGCAUUCUCGAUGUUGACAUCCAAGGAGUGAAAAACAUCAAGGAGACUGACCUCAAUCCCAUCUACAUCUCUAUCCAGCCCCCCUCAAUGGAGAUCCUGGAAAAGCGUCUGAGAGACAGACAGACUGAGACAGAUGACAGUUUAGAGAAGCGUUUGGACGCUGCAAGGACAGACAUGGAGCUCAGUAAGGAACCUGGAUUGUUUGACCUAGUCAUCAUCAAUGAUGACUUAGAGGAAGCAUAUAAAAAGCUGAAAAGUGCUCUUAUUGAGGAGAUACAGAAGGUACAGGAUUCCAAAAAGGAUUCCAAGGAGGAUUCCAAGGAAGAUUCCAACGUGAUGGCAGGACCAAGGCCAGUAGUUCUGAGUGGCCCCUCUGGAGCAGGGAAGAGCACUCUGCUGAAGAGGCUUAUGAAGAAUUAUGAAGGAGUCUUUGGCUUCAGCGUGUCCCAUACCACAAGGAAUCCCCGUCCUGGUGAAGAAGAUGGCAAAGAUUACCACUUUACCAGCAGGGAGAAGAUGCAGGAGGGCAUCGAUAAUGGAGACUUCAUUGAGAAUGCUGAAUUCUCAGGGAACAUGUACGGAACAAGUAAGUCUGCUAUUGAGGACGUCCAGGCGCAGAACCUCAUCUGCAUUCUCGAUGUUGACAUCCAAGGAGUGAAAAACAUCAAGGAGACUGACCUCAACCCCAUCUACAUCUCUAUCCAGCCCCCCUCAAUGGAGAUCCUGGAAAAGCGUCUGAGAGACAGACAGACUGAGACAGAUGACAGUUUAGAGAAGCUUUUGGACGCUGCAAGGACAGACAUGGAGCUCAGUAAGGAACCUGGAUUGUUUGACCUGGUCAUCAUCAAUGAUGACUUAGAGGAAGCAUAUAAAAAGCUGAAAAGUGCUCUUAUUGAGGAGAUACAGAAGGUACAGGAUUCCAAAAAGGAUUCCAAGGAGGAUUCCAAGGAAGAUUCCAACGUGAUGGCAGGACCAAGGCCAGUAGUUCUGAGUGGCCCCUCUGGAGCAGGGAAGAGCACUCUGCUGAAGAGGCUUAUGAAGAAUUAUGAAGGAGUCUUUGGCUUCAGCGUGUCCCAUACCACAAGGAAUCCCCGUCCUGGUGAAGAAGAUGGCAAAGAUUACCACUUUACCAGCAGGGAGAAGAUGCAGGAGGGCAUCGAUAAUGGAGACUUCAUUGAGAAUGCUGAAUUCUCAGGGAACAUGUACGGAACAAGUAAGUCUGCUAUUGAGGACGUCCAGGCGCAGAACCUCAUCUGCAUUCUCGAUGUUGACAUCCAAGGAGUGAAAAACAUCAAGGAGACUGACCUCAACCCCAUCUACAUCUCUAUCCAGCCCCCCUCAAUGGAGAUCCUGGAAAAGCGUCUGAGAGACAGACAGACUGAGACAGAUGACAGUUUAGAGAAGCUUUUGGACGCUGCAAGGACAGACAUGGAGCUCAGUAAGGAACCUGGAUUGUUUGACCUGGUCAUCAUCAAUGAUGACUUAGAGGAAGCAUAUAAAAAGCUGAAAAGUGCUCUUAUUGAGGAGAUACAGAAGGUACAGGAUUCCAAAAAGGAUUCCAAGGAGGAUUCCAAGGAAGAUUCCAACGUGAUGGCAGGACCAAGGCCAGUAGUUCUGAGUGGCCCCUCUGGAGCAGGGAAGAGCACUCUGCUGAAGAGGCUUAUGAAGAAUUAUGAAGGAGUCUUUGGCUUCAGCGUGUCCCAUACCACAAGGAAUCCCCGUCCUGGUGAAGAAGAUGGCAAAGAUUACCACUUUACCAGCAGGGAGAAGAUGCAGGAGGGCAUCGAUAAUGGAGACUUCAUUGAGAAUGCUGAAUUCUCAGGGAACAUGUACGGAACAAGUAAGUCUGCUAUUGAGGACGUCCAGGCGCAGAACCUCAUCUGCAUUCUCGAUGUUGACAUCCAAGGAGUGAAAAACAUCAAGGAGACUGACCUCAACCCCAUCUACAUCUCUAUCCAGCCCCCCUCAAUGGAGAUCCUGGAAAAGCGUCUGAGAGACAGACAGACUGAGACAGAUGACAGUUUAGAGAAGCUUUUGGACGCUGCAAGGACAGACAUGGAGCUCAGUAAGGAACCUGGAUUGUUUGACCUGGUCAUCAUCAAUGAUGACUUAGAGGAAGCAUAUAAAAAGCUGAAAAGUGCUCUUAUUGAGGAGAUACAGAAGGUACAGGAUUCCAAAAAGGAUUCCAAGGAGGAUUCCAAGGAAGAUUCCAACGUGAUGGCAGGACCAAGGCCAGUAGUUCUGAGUGGCCCCUCUGGAGCAGGGAAGAGCACUCUGCUGAAGAGGCUUAUGAAGAAUUAUGAAGGAGUCUUUGGCUUCAGCGUGUCCCAUACCACAAGGAAUCCCCGUCCUGGUGAAGAAGAUGGCAAAGAUUACCACUUUACCAGCAGGGAGAAGAUGCAGGAGGGCAUCGAUAAUGGAGACUUCAUUGAGAAUGCUGAAUUCUCAGGGAACAUGUACGGAACAAGUAAGUCUGCUAUUGAGGACGUCCAGGCGCAGAACCUCAUCUGCAUUCUUGAUGUUGACAUCCAAGGAGUGAAAAACAUAAAGGAGACUAACCUCAACCCAAUCAACAUCUCUAUCCAGCCCCCCUCAAUGGAGAUCCUGGAAAAGCGUCUGAGAGACAGACAGACUGAGACAGAUGACAGUUUAGAGAAGCGUUUGGACGCUGCAAGGACAGACAUGGAGCUCAUAGUUAAGGAACCUGGAUUAUUUGACCUGGUCAUCAUCAAUGAUGACUUAGAGGAAGCAUACAAAAAGCUGAAAAGUGCUCUUAUGGAGGAGAUACAGAAGGUACAGGAUUCCAAGGAAGAUGCUUCAAAUUCAGCUUCUGACACUGGGUGUACAAGCCUUAAGGACUAGCCUUUGAUAAGCAAUCAAAAUGUUGGUUUAGAGGUUCAAAGCAGUUAAUUCUGCGUGCUGCAUGAUAUUUUACAACUUUGCCAGAGGAUUGGUCACCUAUACUAACUGAUGAUUUCUGAUGUAUAUAAGUAUAUAGUAUUAAGUAUAUAUAGUCUUUUGAUCCCGUGAGGGAAAUUUGGUCUCUGCAUUUAUCCCAA